AUGCGCGCGGCGUCCGAGGGCGUGCGGGAGGGCGAGGUCGGCGUCUACGGGCCGCCGAUCCCCGGGCAGGCGCACGACAAGCGCUGGGGCCCGAGCUACGUGCUCAACGACGGGACGAACCACCCGAUGAUCGGCUUCGGCACCUACAAGGCGGCCGGCGCACAGGGCCCGUCGGCGGCGGACAUCGUCGGGGACGCGCUCGCCGUCGGCUACCAGUUCCUCGACUGCGCCCAGUUCUACGGCAACGAGAAAGAGGUCGGCAAGGCCAUCUCCCGGUCCGAGUGGUUCGACCGCGACGACCUCUACCUCGCGUCCAAGGUCUGGACGGACGCGAUCUACGAGGGCCGCGCCGCCGUGCGGAAGCAGAUCGACGCGACGCUCAAGGCGCUCCGCACGGACCGCCUCGACCUGUACCUCGUGCACUGGCCCGUGCCCGGCAAGCACGUCGACGCCUACCUCGAGCUCCAGGACGCCGUCAAGGCGGGCAAGAUCACGUCCAUCGGCGUGUCGAACUACGCCGCGGAGGACGUCGACGAGCUCCUGGACCACCCGGGCGUCUACAUCACGCCGGCCGUGAACCAGAUCGAGCUCAACCCCUUCCUCUACCGGCCGAAGACGCUGCAAUACAUGGCCGACAAGGGCAUCGUCGUCCAGGCGUACCGCGCGCUCCGCGACGGCAAGGCCUUCGAGGACCCGACGGUGCUGCGCGUCGCGGCGAAGCACGGCAAGACCGCCGCCCAGGUCAUGGGCGCCUGGUGCCUCGCCAAGGGCGCGGUCUACAUGCCGAAAUCCACCAAAAAGGCGCGCAUGGUCGAGAACGCGGACGUCGUCUCGUUCCAGCUCGACGGCGACGACCUCGCCGCGCUCGACGCGCUCACGACGGAGGACGCGCUCGCCGCCUUCAAGGCGCUCUACGAGAAGUGCGUCGUGCGCGACACGCCCCUGCCCGAGGACGACCCGGGCAUCAAGCGCGACAUCACCGCCGGCUAGGCAAAAAAGCGAUCGUAAGGCCGGGAGCUCACGGCAGGUGGAUGACGGACUUGAUGACGUCGUCCGGCGGGUCGCAGGAGAAGUCGAAGGCCGCGACGCUGUCCGCGAAGUCCCAGUGGUUCGUGAUGAUGGGCUUGACGUCGAUGAGGCCGCUCUCGAGCAUGGCGAUGGCCUUGGCGUAGACGUGCGCGUAGCGGAAGACCGUGAGCACGCGCAUCUCGCGGACCUGGAGCUCGCCGAUGGGCAGCGCGCAGUCCGGCGGGCAGCCCACGAAGACGGCCUUGGCGCCGGGGCAGCCCAGGAAGGGCACGAGCAUCGCGCCGGGCGCGCUGCCGGAGCACUCGACGACGACGUCCGCGCCCCAGCCGCCCGUCGCGGCCGAGGAUCUCCGCGGCGACGUCGCCCGCCGCGUCGAGGCCGACGAUCUUGCCCGGCGCGAGCGACUCGGCGACGGCGAGCUUCGCCGGCGACAGGUCCGAGAGGUAGACCUUGGAGCAGCCCGCGGCCAGCGCCGACAGCGCCGUCAGGAAGCCGAUGGGCCCCGCGCCGACGACCGCGCAGACGUCGCCCGGGCGGAUCUCCGCCAUCGUCGACGCGUGCAUGCCCACGGCGAGGGGCUCGACCAUGGCGCCCUCGUCGAGGCUCACGUUGUCCGGCAGCUUGAAGGUGUAGUUCGCCGGGUGCACGACGCUCGGCCGCAGGCAGCCGUGGCCCGCGGCCCACGCCGGGUCGUCCAAUAGAUUUCGCGCGUAGGGCGGCGUCGCCCAGAAGCGCAGCUUGCGGCACAAGUUGUACAUGCCCAGGCGGCUCUCGGCGCUGGUGGGGUCGGGCACGCCCGGCUCCAUGCAGACGCGGUCGCCGACCUCGAGAUGCGUGACGUUCGCGCCGACCUCGGCGACGACGCCGGACGCUUCGUGUCCCAGGAUCAUGGGCUGGUUCACGACGAAGGGGCCGAUGACGCCGUGCUUGUAGUAGUGCACGUCCGAGCCGCAGAUGCCCACGGACUUGAUGUCGAUGCGCACGUCGUCGGCCGUGAACGGCUCGCUCACGUCAAUGUCGCGCAGCGACAGCUUGCCGACCUCCUCGAGGACGACGGCCUGCGUCGUCGCGAGGCGCUUCGUGAGCGUGGUGCGCGCGGCGCGCAGCGUGGAGGCCAGCAUGGUUCCUGGCUGCUGCAAGAGGCUGCGAGCUGCUUGCGACGAGCUGCGAGAGGUGUGGCUGCGACG